AUGGUCACUAUAUCUAAAACAAGUAAAGGGACACCUUUACUGUUGAACGAUGGUUUUUGUUAUAUACUGGAUCAUAAAACCGACGAGAAAAUAUUAUGGAAAUGUGAGGUUCAAAGAAAACUUAAUUGUCAUGCACGACUUCAUACAUCGCUCGAUAACAAAGUCAUUUUAAAAUUGAUUGAUACACAUAAUCAUUCUGGAAACGCUCGUUCACAACAUAUUCGUCAAUUUUAUGAAAAUAUGAAAGAUGAAGCAUUACAAAAUCAUAUCAAUCCAUACAAUGUUCUUACUCAAUGUUACAUGGGUGUCCCAGACGAAAUUCGUGCAAUAUUACCAAAUAAUUCAAAUUUGAAAAGAGAUGUUCGUCGUUGGCGUCAGGAUAAAUGA